AUGGUUUCUAUAGUUCUGCUUCUGCUUCCUGGAGCUACUCGGAAUGUAAACUCGUAUAACUCUACCUUCUUGUUGAAAGAUUUCCUUCACUGUUCUCCAAGUUACCCUGUUACUCAGAUAGUUGACAAACACCGUCCUCACUUGAGGCACUGGUGGUUGAGGAAUAAAUUUCUCAUUCUUUUUCUUGGAAGCAUCUCCUGGGCCACAUCUAUUUUGUCUUUCAUUGUUUGGCUAUGCUUGGUUCACUUUGUACAUGGAGAAGUUCCCGAAGUUAACCGAGAAUUGCGUGGGUUGAAGCAGCUACAAGGGCAAGACAAUUUGACGAGCUGGAAUCAGGUUCGCUUUGUACAUGAAGAAGUUUCCAGAGUAAACCGAGAAUUGCGUGGGCUUGUAUGCAAGGACAUAUCAAACGGUCAAGAAGAUAAAUGCAUCCCUGUUUUUAAUUUGUAUAAUCCUACUGUGGCUCCUACAGGCUUUAAAUAUAUCAAGUCCAUUCAAUUUGCCAAAAAUGUGAGCAUCCCACCAGAUGCUCCUGGAUGCAAAUGUAGAGGAAAGUGCACAAAUCCAGAGUCAUGUUCUUGUGCUAAACUUAAUGGUGGCGACUUUCCAUAUGUUUCUCGAGAUGGUGGCCGAUUGUUUGAAGCAAAAGAUGUUGUAUUUGAAUGUGGUCCAAAUUGUGGCUGUGGGCCGGAGUGUGUCAACCGUGCCUCUCAGAAGGGACUAAAAUACCAUCUUGAGGUCUAUCAGACUAAAGACAAAGGAUGGGCAGUUAGAACUUUGGACUUUAUUCCUUCAGGUGCACCAGUUUGUGAGUAUGUUGGAAUCCUAAGGAAGAAUGACGAGCUUGAAGAUAUUUCAGAAAAUGACUACAUAUUUGAGAUUGAUUGCUGGCACACUAUGAAAGGGAUUGGAGGAAGAGAGAGACGAUUAGGAGAUGUAUCUCUUCCUAUGUCAAACUUCGUGGAUGAAGACGAGGAAAGUUUAGAAAGUGAUCCCGAGCCUGAGUUUUGCAUAGAUGCCAGUUCUUGCGGUAAUGCUACCAGAUUUAUUAAUCACAGUUGUGAUCCUAACCUCUUUGUUCAAUGCGUCUUGAGCUCUCACCAUGAUGUGAGACUUGCCCGUAUAGUUCUCUUUGCUGCGGAUAAUAUUCCUCGCAUGCAGGAACUUACAUACGACUAUAAUUAUGCAAUUGAUAGCGUUGUCGGUCCUGAUGGCAAAACAAAACAGCUUCCUUGCUUCUGUGGUACAGACGAGUGUAGGAAACGGUUAUAUUAGACUAUGCAACUUCCCGGAUAUGGGAUUCCGGGUUUUGGCAAGAAUGUCGGUCUACAUGUUGGACGGUUUCUAUUUUAAUCUCAUCAGAGUCAUGUAUGUGCGUGUAUUGAUGAAAAAAGAAACACUGUCACGUUCCUUCUCCUGGACUGAUCUGAAUUACAUCCGAAUCACUUCAAAAUUACGAAGUUUCAUUUACCGGAUGUUUAGGUAUUAAAAAAGUGGAACUUUGAGCCACUUUUGAGUGAAAAAAAACAUGUUAUGUA